AGUCAGCAGGCGUUUCCCCUGGACACUGUGGAAAUGUUGGAUAUCGUUUCCCGGAAGUGGCUUUCACUGCCGCCUAUGCCUACGCCUCGGGCAGGGGCAGCCGCAGCGAUGCUGGGCAAGCAACUGAUGGUGGUCGGAGGGGUGGACUCUACGCAGAGCCCUCUGGCGUCAGUUGAGGUCUACAACGUGGACGAAGGCAAGUGGGAGAAGAAAGCGGACCUUGCGCAGGCUUCCAUGGGCAUCUCUGUGGUCGAGAAAGAUGGUGCAGUUUACGCCUUAGGUGGGAUGGGCUCAGACACAUCUCCUCAAGCGCUGGUGCGGUUGUACGAGCCGACGAAGGAUCACUGGCUGUCCCUGCCCUCUAUGCCCACGCCCUGCUACGGGGCCUCCACUUUCUUGCAUGGAAACAAGAUCUACGUGAUGGGAGGAAGGCAGGGGAAGCUGCCCGUCACAGCCUUGGAAGCCUUUGAUCUGGAAAUGAGGAGCUGGACGCGCUACCCCAGUGUGCCCAGCCGGCGUGCCUUUGCCAGCUGUGCCAUGGUUGACGGCUGCUUCUUCAGCCUGGGAGGACUGCAGCAGCCCGGCCCCCACAACUUCUAUUCCCGGCCCCACUUUGUCAACACCGUGGAAGUGUUUGACUUGGAGGAAGGAUCCUGGAGUCGGCUGAGCCGGACCACCCGCAUGAGGGACAAGAGGGCUGACUUUGUGGCUGGUGGCCUGGGUGGGCGUGUGGUGGUAGCCGGCGGCCUCGGGAACCAGUCGAGUCCUCUGUGCUCCGUGGAAAGCUUUAACUUGGCAAAGAAGAAAUGGGAACCACUGCCCUCCAUGCCCACCGGCCGCUGCUCCUGCUCUAGCCUGCAGGCUGCCAACUUGCUGUUUGUGGUCGGAGGGGUGGCUCAGGGCCCCAGCAGCACAGUGGAGGCCCUGUGCCUCCGGGAUGGGGUCUGAGGAAGCACACCCUGGUGGAAGGGUUCCUCCUGCCGAGACGAGCCAAGCCAAGAGGGCUGAAGUGCCUGACGACAGUGAUGGGAUGUGCAUUACAGGGGAGCGGGGAGGAGAGCGUGCGCUUCGCCACCGACGGGGCGCCCCCCCCCUGCAGCAGUGACCUUUUCCUUUUGCUGUUUUCCAAAAUAACACAUUUCAUCUUCUCAAAAGCAUAGAGUAUCUCGGAGACGGGCACAGUGUGUUCUGUAGGCAGGGCAGGUGGUCAAGCAGCAGAUCGCUGUUCUUGCCUGCUAGAGAUCGGUAAACUCAACGGAGCUGACUCUUCCGGCACCGGUGCAGAAGACCCUGGCCGCCCAGCUGUGGUUUCUUCACUGCACAUGACCGUCUUGACUUCCAAAACAGUCCCAAGCGGGUGUCUCAAGAAAGCGGGCAGAGCUGUGCUUCUCAGGUUAGAAUUGGCUGUGUAAUUUUGUCACCCAGCUCAGAAUUUGACUCCCAUCUCUUUGUUAUCUCCCCUUCAAUUGGAUUUUAGAUUGUACGCUCUCCGGGGUACAGUCUUUCCCUUUCCCUCUCUCUUCUCCUGUUCUGUAUAGUGCCAUGUACGUUGAUGGUGCUAUAUUCACAACAACUCACAUUUAACGCACCAUUCUGAAGAUGCCAGAAAAGGGAUAAGUGAUGGCCUGAAGAGUGGGAGUCGAGCGUGGGAGAUGGACCGUGUGUGACCCUCUGCCCGCAUUCUCACCAUGCCCGUUGGACUGUGAAUUGACCCUUGCUUGCUAAAGGGCAGUGGGAUUUCCUCAGCUGGCCCUGGGGAAGGUGUGUGAAAGGAGGUGCCAUCCAAGCAGAGCAGGUCCUCCAGGGUUACUGCUUUCAGCUGUCCUUGCUAGUAUUUUUAUGUUUGUCUCUUAUGCUGCACAGCAGAGUUGACUCUAAGGCUGGGUGUAGCCAUGACGCCUUGUGGUGUGUUCCUAACCCGGUCCGUGUCUCAUGUAGCACGUAAGGUGCCCUCUAGCUCAGUGCCUAGGAGGUGACGUAGCACCUCAUCUCAAUAAAACCGGUGGGAUUUUUUCCUCCCUAUUUUUCUGUGUCUCAGUAUUGGGUUAUGAAGGGACA